AUGGCAGGCAGUUAGACAGAAAAGACCUACAUAUGUCACGAACAGCGACAACCAGCCGAAUGAAGACAUCUUUUAUCAACAAUGUGUGGCAAUUGUGUAAGGAAACUGGACCAGCCAAAGUACUGGGGCUGGAUCAUAGUCUUGGCAAAUUUUGUCUCUUUAUUCCUGAUAGUCGGAACGGUGCGUUCAAUGGGGAUCUUCUAUGACGAGUGGCUGGAAUAUUUUCACGAUGCAAGCUCGGUCACCUCAUCCGUUGGGACUAUGAUAGGGGCAAUGAGCUGCCUUGCUGGUCCGAUAGCCAAUACUUUGGCCACACGCUUUGGGACGAGGCCUGUUGUCAUCUCCGGUGGUGUCAUAUCUUCCGUAGGUUUUUUCUCAACCGCGUUUGUCCCUGAUAUCUACGUGCUGUUUGUGACGUAUGGAUUCAUGACCGGUUUCGGGUUUGCCCUGGCCUACAUCCCGAUGCUGACUGUCACGUUAGAUUACUUUAAGGAGAGACCAAGUCUUGUCAUUGGUUUAGCAUCAACGGGAGUCGGCAUUGGUGGAAUGGUACUACCAAUUAUCCUCGAAUACCUAACGGAGGCUUAUAGUUGGCGAGGCACCGCUAUCGUAAUGAGUGCUGCAAUGUUGAAUAUUUGUGUUUGUGGCGCGGUGGUCAGACCAUUGCAGGAGGCUGAGGAGCACAGGCCAGACGCACUCAUCAAGGCGCAUGGGAAUGCUGCCUCUGGUGUAGUUUGUUCAGACAACACGAACAUGUCUGGCGGGGUCAUCAACAUGACUGUUCCUGAAACACCACCCCAAGGUUAUCAUGAUAAUACAGAAAGGGUGAUCCUUUCACCUGAUUGCAAGAGUUUAGAGGCAGCAAAAGGAUCGCAUGCCGAAAUUAUUAGCAAGUACAAUCCUCGUAGUUCAUCAUGUGGUAAAGCAGAUGACGUACAAGUCGGGGACCAGCCUGAUUCCGAACCCCCACAUACUGCGAUAGGUAAAAAUAAGAACAAAACCCUAAAAAGAUCCUUUAAACAUCUAUUUACAAAUGUGUCAUUCAUUUUGAUAAACAUCGACAUAAUUAUUUUCAGCGCUGCGCUCUUUACUAUAUUUGCCCAUUUGAAAUCUGCAGUUAUCGCUGUCGGCGGUGUCAGCGUCCACGAAGGGACGUACGCCCUCACCGUCUUGAAUGCCGGAAGUCUUGUGGGGGCCCUCGUUACUGGAUUUAUACUUUACAGGUUUCCUAAGAUUGACGCCCUUUUUGUGAUAAUUGUUGAAACGACAGUUUGUGGGGCUUCAAUGAUACUCAUACCUUUUGUAUCAUCGGCGUACAGCUACGUAUUGGUUGUGUGUUUUGUGGCCGGCUUUACUCUCAAUCCGUAUGACUAUCUCCUGCAGUUAGUUUAUAAGGAUAUGGUAGGUAUCGCAGAUGUGACUCUUGCCUUUGGUAUAACUUAUGGCUCUUUUGGAAUUGGUGGUUUAGCCGGAUCUGCCCUUGCCGGAUUUGUGUACGAUAUGACCGGAGACUACGCCAAUUCAUUAUACAUUGCCGGAGCGUUUUACUUCGUUAGCAAUAUUCUGAUCAUACAACCUUGUAUUUCGAAUAUUAGUAGGGGAAAAUGUUUUGUAGCAAAACAGGCUCGAGCUACUCGCAGUGGUGAUGUCAUCGGUAAAGAAGACCUUGAUGUGUUUAAGUCCAAAAGCAGACAAAAAUGUGAUGCUCAAAACACCAACAGCAAAAAAGACAUUGAUGCGUCAAGCGCCAACAACGAACAAGACACUGAUGCGUCUAUUGCGAUAAGCAAACAUGAUUUUGAUGCGUCUAAUUCCAACAGCAAACAUGACUCUGAUUCGUCUAAUGCCAAUAGCAAGCAUAACUUUGAUGUGACAAAUGCCAAGAGCGAACUGUACUUGGAAACGGGAUGCGAACAUCACAUCACGGGAGGUCGCGAUAACCCCUCGUUUCUUGAUAUCAACGACGAGAGCACCGUCCCCCAGCACUCUUCUCCUUCUGCUGUCGAAUACAUCACUAUUGCUACACACUUUUAGCGAGGCUGCACGCUGUAGAAACCAAGUUGAAGCUUUAAUAUCCUUAUCCCCUAAGGUAAAUAUUGUUCUCUGUGAGCAAUCAAAACCACCACUAAAGCUUCUCUCUUUACAUACUGUAAAGCCGCCAAAAUUGAUUCGGGCGUUUUGUUUUAUAACUAUAUUAGUAGAUUUGGCGAAUAACCAAAAUUCACCAGAAAAAAAUUAGAAUUUUUUUUGGAAUUGAAAAACAGAAUGAAAUUUUGUAAUUGGGCAAAUUGAAAAUGUCAAAUUUCGUAUUCGCAGAAAUAAAGAGGGGUGACUAUUUUGCAGUUUGUAGUAACUAAUGUUAUGUCACAAAAAUACAACACGUAUUUAAACCGGUAGUGUAAUCAACGUCCGUGGCUGCUGCCUCUCAAUAUUCCCCAGAUUGGAGGGCCCAGAAUUACCUGGAAGGAAACCAAGAGAAAACGCUUCUUCAAGACAGGACAUCUAUAUAUGACUACUUAGCAGAAACGACGCGAAAACCAUAUUUCAUACGAACAGGCCAGGCUCAACGUGGACACCUGAGAUGGAUAUAAUAGGAGUGGGAAUGGUGCGUUCAAUGUAAUCCCUGCACCCUCUAGCUGGUCAGGGGUUCGACACUUUAAUCAAAACACUUCAAAACUUCUAAUGUGUACCGGGAUAGACAUUUUUCAACUUGUAUUCGUGGUACUUACAUUCAUCAAAACACCCGAGGUUGGGUGCGCUCACUGGUAAGACAUCCGACUAUUUUUUACCAUUGACAUGAUGGGGAAACAGGUGUAUGUCAGGAAAUCUGAAGGAUUAAAUUCGAACUUAAAGAGCCAAACAAUUAAUGCAUAACCAUUAAAUUUGGCCGCCAAUGCAUUAUGUGAGUCCUCCUCUAUCUAAACACUCAGACGACUGUACUUUCUGAAUUGCGAUGUAAGGAUUUGUUAAAUGUACAUGUACUUUGUCUGUAGCACUGGUUCAACUCAUGCAACAUACUUUUGGAUUCAUAUUUUGCAAAUAGAUUUGAUUAUGGUGUACAAUUCAAGAAGUUUAAUAUAAAAACAGCUGUUUUACCAAUGGUAUUCACCAUACAUGUAGGUAUUAGUCUGUAUUAUGCAUAUAAAGCCCUUGUUUUUUAUGCUUUAUCAUGUCGGACCCAUUUUUGUUAAAGUUUCCCCUGCUUGAACAUGGAGUGGGACAACCCAGAUGCAACCAUGCGUGACAUGCAACGGGUCCAAGGAAAGGAGCUAAUUAGUAUUAAAGGCCAUAUAUCAAGGUCCUAGGGCCACUCUGGGUGUUUGCAUCACAUCUCAUUAACCCAAUUCAACUGAAGAAUUUGAUCUUUAAUGGCCUAUGUUGGGAAGCCCUAUUAUUUUUCACUGGUUUUCUGGAAAUCCAACCUUUUGAACAAGGUCGGAAAAAAGUCGGACAUUAUGGGAGAAAUACCGAGACAUCAGGAAAAAGUAAGAGAAACCGUCAUAAAGGACAUAUAAAAAGCUUACAACUCGUGGAAAGAGGAAGGAAAACAAAUCUCAUGUCUUAUACCAAUUAGUCAAUUCAUUUUGAUUAAUGCACUUUUUAUGUGCAUAACAUUAUCUAUUGUCUAGCCAAAAUUAAAUGUGGCAAAAACCAAUCGAAGCGACCAACUGCAAAUGCACUCAUUUCUAAAAAAUUGGUGGUAUAAAUAAAGUGUUAACCAAAUAUUGGUACCGCUUGAACUUGAAAUCUUCAAAGAGUGAGAAGUUCCUCAAAUGGAAGGAAUGCCCCGUGAAGGCUGUUUUCUGGCAUACAAAGAACAGAUACUCCCACCUUCUAUACUGGCACUCACUUUGUUUUGGAAGCUUUCUAAUUGCUCUUGGAUUUCGAGUUCUAGCCUUAUGUGGUGCUAAUGGUCUACCUUUAAUUGAUGAUCCCACAGAUCGAUGACAGGCUGAUAAGGGGUGAUUAUAAAAUGAAGACAUCUACUUCCAGUUAUACACGUGCAGGAAUCGAACGCUGUGCAAUGUUUCUAUCGUACUAUAGUAUGCAACUAAAGACCCGUAGCAAAUUUCAAGUCACCAAUACCAAAACGCUAUAAAAGAACCUGUAUCGUCAAUAGCUUCAGCCAUUGUUAGUAGUACAUUGAACUAGUAUCGAACACUAAUGUGAAUAAGCGCGGCUAUACUCUGGCAACGCAACUCAUGAAAGGGCCUCGCUUUUAUUAUAUGCUCGGUUAUCAAGAUUUAAAAUCGUGAUGAUUUGACACAUUUUAUUAUCCUAUUUCAAGGUUAUUACAUUUAUCUAAUGGAUUUGGUUUAUGUUGACCUACUUCGGUGUUUUCUCCCUUGUUUAGGCAGAUUUUCCAAAGUGGCAGCAUGGAUACCACGUCAAGGCUUGCCGAUGCAGGCUUGCUCAUCCUUGCCUAUCGCUAAAUCAGAAGGAAGCACGUCAAUUUGCCUCUAGGACCCUGGUUGAUUGUCCCUUUAUUGGGAAGCGUACCUUUCUUGGGCCGGUUAUUGUCUAAUACUAACCUCUUUAAGGGUUGACCAUAUAGGUACCACCAUUUUGGCUAGAACUUAAAAUCCUAAAGCAAUUAGAACUUUUUCAAAACGUAGUAAAUGCUAAUUUCUAGGAUGGGAGUCUGUUCUUUGUUUGGGAGAGGCAGGGGACAAAUGCCCCCGACCUAAAAAGUCACCAAAAACGUGUUUUGACCGUGAUUUUGGCCGCAGAUUUUCAGAAAGUGUCAUCUUGCCAUGGGCUUUUUGGUUUUUGUAAAAUUCUCAUUUAUACACUUUAUGAAAAAAGUCAUCAAAAACGUGUUUUGACCGUGAUUUUGGCUGCAAAUUUUCAAAAAGUGUCAUCUUGCCAUGUGCUUUUUGGUUUUUGUAGAAUUCUCAUUUAUACACUUAUGAAAUGCAUAGAAUGAAAACUUGACCGGAAGAGAACGUGUAUAGUUCACACCAAGAAUGAACUCUUUGUCACACAUGUACGCACCAGCAACAAUCGCCACAUAUGUCU